CAAUCACUCGUCAUUGGGUUUCUUGCAAUUGCACACCGCAUAUUUCAUGGUUGCAGAUUUCAGCAUUCAGCAGCGCGUUGAGACCCCGACCCAAUUUCGGACCCCCUCCCUCCUCCUCCUCCUCUCUUUCAAAACCCUCCAGCGUGCCUCCUCUAAUUUGGCAUCCUGGAGCUGCGCGGGCAGCUCCCUUUCACCACGUCUUCCACUAUCAAGAAGCGGAAGAUGUCACGUCCUGAGGAGUUGCCACGGUCUGCAUCACCUCUGAAGCGUCGCGCCGGGAGCGCGGCGCCCGACGACAAUCAAGAUGCGACCAAGGAUGUCGACAUGCUCUCCCUCCCUGCCGCCGCCGGCGGCAAUCAGGACGCGCCGAUAGUAGAUGGCCCCCCGGUCGAGGGCGUUGAGGAGGCCGUGCAAGAGGGCAAUAUCGACUCGCCCCAGGAUGAUGCAUCGAUCACCGCACAAGCCGACGGCAACGAAGAAGACAUUCCUGACCUGGUUGGUCUGGACAUGGACCGAGCCAGUGUGGAGGACACGCAGCCAGGAUCAGACAUCGGGGAGAGUAUCCUGUUGAGAGACGGCUCUGGUGGUGAUUACCUCUCAGAGAAGGACCCUGUGGGGGCGGCAGAAGUCCAAAAGGGCCAGAGCUCUGGAGACAGUCGGGCGCAGAUCGAGAACGGCUCCCGUGCCGCCAACACAGACGAAACCGCCGACCUAGACUCCAAGAUGCUAGACGCUGCUGCAACAAAUGCCACCGCCAACGGUCCUACCAAACUCUCCUCCAUCCUGGGGACAGCUGUUGACUCCGCAAUUGAUGGCAAGGGCAAGGGGAACCGAAGUGGUCGCAACGGCCCUGCUCCGUCCUCAAUAGGAACACGCGGUCGACAGGCGAGGUCGGGACGGACGUUGGGCUUGACCGGGCUUGGGAAUCUUGGCAACACUUGUUACAUGAACUCGGCGCUCCAGUGUAUCAGGAGUGUUGAGGAGCUCACCAAGUAUUUUCUGACCGAGGAGUACGCUGAGGAGCUGAACUACGACAACCCUUUGGGCCACGGCGGGAAUGUCGCACGAGCGUACGCGUAUCUCCUGGGCAUGAUCUACAAGAAGGAUUCUCCGCCCAGCUCGGUGACGCCGCGAAAUUUCAAGGACACCGUCGGUCGGUAUGCGCCUCAAUUUUCCGGCUGGUCGCAGCAGGAUACCCAGGAGUUCUUGGGAUUCCUGCUCGAUGGGCUUCAAGAGGAUCUGUCCCGGGUCAAGAAGAAGCCCUAUAUCGAGAAGCCGGAUUCGACGGACGAUAUGGUCGGCAACCAAGAGAAGAUUCGCGAGUUGGCUGAGAGGGUUUGGGCCAUUCACAAGGCGCGCGAUGAUUCGGUCAUCGGUGAUCUCUUCACUGGACUGUACAAAUCAACACUUGUCUGUCCGACUUGCGCCAAGAUCAGCAUCACCUUCGAGCCAUUCACGAACCUGACCCUCCCGUUGCCACUGCAGAGUUUUUGGACCAGAAAAGUCAAGUACUUCCCAUUGAACGACAGGCCAGUCCAUGUGCUGGUUGAACUCGACAAGACGGCCAACAUCCGGGCGUUGAAGGAGUUCCUCUCCCUGCGGGUGGGUGUACCGGUCGAGCGUCUUAUUGGAGGGGAGGAAUACAAGGACAAGUUCUUCAAGAUAUACGACGACGGCCAGCAAGUGUCAGAUGAGAUUCAGAAAGACGACGCGCCUGCCUUCUACGAGUUAGAAUCCCCUCCGACGAAUAUCCCAAAGAAGAAGAAAUCGCACAAGUACUCGUCUUUGCUGAACACUCAUGACGACUUGCCCCCGGCAGACGAUCCGCUCGCAGAGCAGAUGGCACAGAACAUGGUGGUGACAGUGUUGCACAGACUGAAUCCCCGGUCGAAUAGAUCGAACAGCGUCUUGUCAGGGCGAUUCCAGGAGCAUGUGUCACCGCCGCACUUCAUUACACUGAAUCCUGAAGAGGCCCGCGAUGAGGAUAGAAUUCGCCGCAAGAUCCUGGAAAAGGUUGCCACCUUCACCACGCGCUCUCCAUUGUCAUACCUGAAUGGUGGUGAGCCUGCCGACGCCUCUGACCCCGAACCCUCGCUCAUCAAUUCCUCUGAUGCAGGCUCGGAUGGUAAGGUCGUGGCAAAGUCUGUGGAAGGCGAAGAUGACAUUGUGGACGUCAGCAUGCAGGAUGUGGCCCAGACUCCGUCGGCACAGCAUGACGCGGACAGAUCGUCAAGCACCCUCAAGAAGUUCAAUACGCAGCGGCCCGAGUGGGUUGAUCCAAAGGUGUACCUCGAUGGUCAAUUACAAAGCCUGUUCGACUUAAGCUUCUUCUCUGAAAGUUCCGCUAUUCCUAGUGGCUGGAGCAGCUUUGGCUCAAGUUCCGACAAGCUUUUUCCAAGACUCGAGUCGAGAAAGCCCCGGCCUCCCACCCCAAGUGACGAGGACAUGCCAAGUCCGUCUGGUUCCGGGACAGCUUCUGAGGAGAGCAGCACCGACGAGACUCCUGAUAUAGCACCAGCUCCAGAAGUCUCUACCAGAAUGCUUGAGGAGUCGAGUGAUGAUGAGACUUUCCCCGAAGUCACAGAGCUGCCCGUCCGAAAUCCAAGACUGGGAUUGAAAGGCGGCAAGAAGAAGGGGUACAAGACCUACUCGAAGAAGAACAAUAACAAGAGGUUCAAUAAGCAACAGCAUCAACAAAAUGCGCGACGGGGAUACCGCCAGCAAAAUCACAGCACCGGCCUCUUCGAUGAUGAAGAUCCUGAGUGGGGAUCUAAGGCCGAUGGCGGCCCCCUGGUCCGUCUCGGCGAGGGCAUCGUGGUUGACUGGAACCCAGACUUGUGGGACCAGGUCUUUGGUCCAGAUCCCAACAGCGAUGACAUAAGGCCCGAAAAGGCCGCGACAUUCUUGCCAGGCUCCAUUGAGACGCUCAAAGAUGAACAGCUUGAGGCCAAGGUGUAUGCCCGUCGGGCCCGCUCUAACAAGGGUAUUUCCUUGGACGAUUGUCUGGCUGAAUUCGAGAAGGAAGAAAUUCUGUCCGAGGAUGACAAAUGGUACUGUCCCAAGUGCAAGGAAUUUUGUCGGGCGGCCAAGAAAUUCGACCUAUGGCAUACUCCAGACAUCCUGAUUGUGCAUCUCAAACGGUUCAGCUCGGCAAACCAUCGCCGCGACAAGAUUGAUGUUACUGUCGACUUUCCGAUCGAGGGCCUUGAUAUAUCCAGUCGAGUUCUCAAGAAGGAUGAUGGCAAAGAAGAGGUGUAUGACCUGAUCGCUAUUGAUGACCACAUGGGUGGUCUGGGCGGGGGCCACUACACUGCCUUUGCCAAAAACUUCGAGAAUGGUGCAUGGUACAAGUAUGACGACUCUACAGUAUCUCAAGUCCGGGAUACGUCGAGGAUGAUCACAUCCCACGCAUACUUGCUAUUCUACCGGCGUCGCAGCGACGGUCCGCUCGGCGGACCGAAGCUGGAAGAAGCCUGUCGCCAGUACGCGCGCUUGUUCCACGACGAAGCUGAUUCUGAUGAUGAUGAGGCCGUCAGCAACGCCGAGGAGGGAACAUAGAUCCGCUAGCUUCUCAGCACUUGCUGUCACAGCUCGAGAGCCAAAGGGUGCAGCUGGGCUUCGCACUGGUCCUGCCCUGGCUUGGAGGCCUUAGCAACCUCCUAGACUUUCGUUUCUUGAGAUCGAGGACGGCUAUAUAGCAUCGUCAAGGCCUUUCACCAUCAAUCCCCCCCUGAUUGAUGUCGGGCGUAGACACCGUUUCUAUCCAAACGCUACUGCGACAUUCUCCUUGUUCAUGUCAAGGAAUGUUUCUUUCCAGUCACGUUCACGAAGGGAGCGCACCGGGCGGCUGGGGGAGGAGAAAAAGAAGAAGGAAAAAAAAUUAAUUUGCAUGGUGAGUAGAACGGGCAACGACUUGAGCUUUUGGCAUUAUUGGACUGGCUACUCGUAAGGAAGGACACUUCAUGGUGAAGCGCAGGUCAUCGAACGACUCGGUGAUGAUCGCUAGCAGCUUCCAUUCACGCACCCAAAACAAAAUAAAUGAGAUUAUGAAGAGACGGUGAUAGAACUUUUUCUAGAGGAACUUGCAUCUCGCACAUAGAGGAAAUGGCAUGUAUAAGACAUACAUGCGAAGUAUAUCCAUACC